UAGUUAUGUUGGACACAGCCAUAAACAACAACUAUCAGUUCACCGAUUCAGCCACCAUUUUUUCUUAUGGCGUAAAUAACUUUAAACGUUAUUAUUAUGCAUUAGUUUUGAAUAUUAGAGUAAUCUUUUCUUUAUGCAUGGUGUUUUUAGGGAGGAAACAGUCUUCUGGGUCCUGUUCUUCGACCGUGGUUUAACAAAGCCCGGAUUAGUUCACAUAUCCCGGAUUGACCUAGCUCGACCUAAAAUGGAGUUCGGCUCUUCAAAUACAUAUCUCGGAUACACGUAUCUUUCUAAUAAACACAGCUGAGCAUUCACGUAAGGAUUGAAAAGUUUGACAAGCCUAACUUCUAACCUAACUACGUUAACUUUACAUCAUGGCUAAACAGCGUGCUGCAUAUUUCAGCGCUGCUGAAUUGCAGCUUAUUAUGGAAGGAUAUGAGGAAGUUAAACAUUUAAUAAAAACCAAAGGUAAUACUAUAGCUGCUGCAAAAGUCCGUCAGGAUGCGUGGCGAAAAAUAACCGCCAAAUUAAAUGCAUCCAACCCUAUGGGACCUAGAAGAACGUGGCAACAAGUGAAGACGAAAUACAAGAACAUCGUUCAAAGUGCUAACAAGAGAAGGGCUACGCUGAAGAAGAUGGGACUAAUCCCAACAAAAGAGGAGCACAUAGAUGAAGAGGAGCUGCCCCCUGAGGACAAUGUGGAGGGUCCUAUCAUAGCAAGCAUAGUUGGUGGUUGCUCCUCUGAUCCAGGAGAUACAGCUGGCUGCAGCAGUUAUGUCAGAGUGACUAAACAUGGAUUGGCCCUACUUCAACCACCUGUAUUAUCAGACGAAGAGCUGGACUCUGAACCUGUGGAAGAUGUAAAGACACUAUACAAGAAGUAUCUCCAAAUAGAGAUCUCUAACAGAAAGCAAGAAAUGGCAUACAGAGCAUUAAAAAUGCGCAAAGUGGAGAAGGAAAUUGAGUUACUGGACAGGAAACUGGGUGUAAGUGUGAUAUUUUGGUAAUGAAUUGUCGUAAUGAAUGAAUAAUGGUAGUGUACAAAAGUGUACAUUUUAGAUCCAUUUAAAUCUGUUUCCAGACAUUUUAAUUUAUAAUUCUGUAGUUUAGUUGAGGAAACUUUGAUACAAUAAAAGAGAUAUAUUAGUUUUCUCUGUCAAUUUCUAAAAUAUUAAAAUGAAUAGUCAAAAAUACAACUGUUUGACACUUAAGUGAUGAUAGAUAGAUAGAUAGAUAUUUGAUGGACGUAUAAUAUGUGUCGAGAGCAUUCACUCAGUAUCAUUAUCUCAUUUUUGACCGAGAUGGGUUUUAGCUGAUUUUGCAUCUGAACUCUUCAUUUGCUUGUGCUAAAGUCUAACUAUUGCAAGUAUACAUUAAGUACACUUUAAAUAUUUUGCUUUUAAAGUCCAAUAUUAUUCAAAGAUCAUACAAUACUCAUCAAUAGUGACAUUAAAACAGGGUUAAUAUUAAGAAAUAUGCAUUGUGCACAAGUAGGUAGUACUCCAAAUAAAGUUGAAUUAUAAUUUUUAUAUCAGGAUGUCUCAAGCGAUAUAUCAGUAAAUAUGGAAAUAGAUUUGAAUUAUACAUAGUAUAAUAUAUAUAUAUAUAUAUAUAUAUAUAUAAAUUACUAUGUAUAGUUCAAAUCUUUUUUUUUUUUUUUACUAGGGUUAUUAGGUUAAUUUGUG